UGCUUUUUCACGAGAGGAAAUAAUGUAAGUGAAGGAAAGCAGGCUGAUAAAGCGAGAGCCUAGAUAUGGCAUCCAGGACGGAUCAAAAGGAUUCGAAGUAGAAGAAUAUUCAACAGAAACAAAGGAGUGUGGAAACUAAGUGAGAACGAGAAUGAGAGAGAGAGAUAGAGGCAAGGUGCAGAGAGGCGCUUGAAAACGAAAGGAACCCAGGGAUGAUUCCACAGCAUUGAGCUGUAACUGGCUGACCAAUGUACCGAAUAAACAUCGUAGUUUACCGAUAAUAGCCGAAGGAAGGUGGUAAGCGAGCGAGCGAGAGUCAGGACGGUGGUAGCAUCGUGAAGCAGCGGGGCGAGGAGGACGAAGAGGACCAAGGAGGAGAAGAGGCGAGAAGCGAAGAAGGAGGGAGCGAGAGAGCGUGGAAGGUCGAGGGGAAGAGCGGCGAGAACGGAACGGAGAGUAGAAACGAGGCGAGCGCUAUGGUGAGCGCGGAGCGACGUCACUGUCGUCACCUAUGCAUGCAAAACAAAAUUGGAGCAGUUUUCAGACGGUGCCAGUCGGACGUGUGGUGAUCCUCGGUGACGAUAGUGCGUACUCGAUGUGUAUAGUUCAUAAAAAGGGAUAGACGUGCGUAAUUGGUGUCGGCUUCGAAGAGGUGAUACCAUUCCAUCGAGUCUCAGGGGUAGUGUGCGGCUUAAUAUCGGAGAGAGAAGAAGCAGCUUUGUGACCUGGUGUAUUCGUUCGUCGUGUCGUAAGGCAGUGCAAGAGGCCGCUGUGAACGAGCGUAGUAGACUCUCUCUCUCUCCUUCUCUCUCUCUCUCUGCGUUGCAUUGUUUAUAAGAGUGUAGUGGCCAUGCACGAAAGGGACAAAUCGGCAACUGGCGCCCGGCGGCCAUCUUCCAGAUGAGUUUUCCCCUUUCUUCCAAUAAGAAGGAAGGAGAGAGUGCGAGGGAGCUGUCAAAGGGAGAGACGGAGACGGAGGGAGCGAGAGAGAGAGGCAAAGAGAGUGGCCCGGAGAGUGCAAGAGAGACGGCGAAAGAAGACAGAAGAGACGAAUCAGCGAGAGCGAAAUCAAGACGGAAAGAUAGUAAAUUCUCGCAGCCGGUGGCUACGGGAUCAUGCAUCGUCCUCGUUGAGCACGGUGGCUUGUCUGUCGCGUGGUCAACCCUCGAAAAUUGUCGCGAGGGCCCGUGCCGUUUCGAGCGUUAACCUCGUUAUUUCGCGGCACGGUGAGACACACGGAUACGCAGACGGUUGAAACGGCGGACCGCUUCGCCUUCGUUCCGUCCUUCCGUACGCCGCCCGUUUCUUCAUUCGUAUAUUCAUCCAUUCGCUUCUCACACCUUUCUUCCUUCCUUCCUUCCUUCAUUGUCUCUUCUUUCAUUCGUAUCCUCGACAGUCUCUUGGUUCUCGCCGCUAAGCCUGUACGUUCAUCGUUUGCUCUCUCGGGUCGUGAAUCAAGUUCGUUUCUCGUUAUGCAUAUGUUCACGACGACACAACGGUGAUCAUGUCAGUCGCCGUUUCUCUGCCGUUGCUCGAUCUCUGAUUCUUGCGAACACAACGCGAGUGCUCGACGACGCGUUACGCCUCAAAACUUCCUAUCGAUUACGCGGUAACCUCAAACUCUCGAGUCAGCGGCCACCUUGCUGAUGCGAAGAUAUACAACACGGAAUCACACCAAUCCUCGAACACACAAAUAUUUCAACAUUUUUACUGACGUUCGUUGUGCUACAAUCGAUUCAACGCACGACAGUUGAGUGUUGACGGAUCGACGAAGUGGAGUGAAAUUUGUAAAACCUGGUGCACUGAAAGUGUAACUUGAUCGCCUGCACGAUCAAAAAUGUACCACGCGUAUGGCGACCUCAUGAAAAGUGCGUUGCUGAUCUAUUAUUCUGGGAAGGAGAGCUGUGUUGUGAUGUAAUUAAAUGCGUUCGGAUAUCGGUGUAAUAACGCAGUGCCAACCUUUGCAGAUGGAUAAACAGGGAUGACUGAUAACUGCUGGAAUUCUGGUGGUGGCGCUGGCGUCAAGAUGGAGCACUUUCAGGCCGCCCUGGACCCCAGGAAGCAGGAGUUACUGGAGGCCCGCUUUCUCGGAGCUAAGGGUGGUCAGAACAACUCGUCGAGUAGAAAUGCGGUUAACAACACGCAGUCAUCAUCGGUCCCAAAUCCCGUCAGAUGCGGGCAACCGACUGCCCUGGGAAUAGACUGGAUACGACGCGACAAUGCUCUACGCGAGCACCGGAACUCAUCAUCCUGCACGGCCACGCACGUACAGGGCCAGCUCUCUCAGAUGUCUGCUGGGUCACAAAUUCAGAUGGCACCUCAAUCAACUGUAAACUCUGGUCAGUCGGUUCAUAGUCAAGACUCGAACAUGAGCACUGGCUCAUCACAUAGUGACAAGGAGGUGGACCCAAACACUCCAGAAAAGGUGCCGCGAACCCCUUCGGAAAGAAAAAGAAAACGUAAGGUGGACGACAGCGGCGGGGGCGUUCCUGGGGGACCCGUUGGUGGUAAGGGGGCUCGCUCUGUCGCCACCCUGGACAGCAAGAAAAUUAACGAGUACUUUCCCAAACAUCAUGUCGGUAACAGUCCCAUCCGACAUGGUGGAGCUAAGAGCCCCUCGCCCCAGCAAGGAUACCCUAUGUAUCCACCGUCGCCGCAAGUAACGACGCCCAACUCGUCGGUGGAGUUCUCUUCGAUGAUGCAGCCACCACGACCUCAUCCUCAGCCACCACCUCCUCCCCCAUCAGCCUCUACACAACCUGCAGGCUCGAUGGUCAGCAAGCAGGUGCAGACAGAACUUACUUGCCAGAGGAUACAGGAGUUCGAGACCCAAGCGUCGUCAGACUUGGAACUACGUAACAACAAAAUUGAUGAAUUAAAUAGAACGAAGGAAGAACUUAAGCAUCAAAUGGCUAAUCAGCAAAAGGUGAUUGAGCAGCACAAAUCGCAUAUAAAUAAGUGUAUAGACGUUGUAAAGAAGUUAUUAAAAGAAAAAUCAAACAUAGAAAAAAAGGAGGCUAGGCAGAAGUGUAUGCAAAAUAGACUGAGGCUGGGUCAGUUUGUGACACAGAGGGUAGGCGCGACAUUUCAAGAGAAUUGGACAGACGGUUACGCGUUUCAAGAGUUGGCGCGACGGCAGGAGGAAAUAACGACGGAGAGGGAAGAGAUUGAUAGGCAAAAGAAGAUGCUACUCAAGAAGAGGCCGUCGAAUAGCGAGACUGGUAGGAAGAGGAGCCAGCCGCAACCUUCCUUGCAUAAUGGUACCGAAGCUACGUUUUUGAAGCCGGACGCAGUACCUGGAUCCUAUACUUGGCAGGAGUAUUACGAGGCCGACGAAAUACUCAAGCUGAGACAAAGUGCGUUGAAGAAAGAAGACGCAGAUCUGCAACUGGAAAUGGAGAAACUCGAAAGGGAACGAAACCUACACAUCAGAGAAUUGAAACGUAUACACAACGAGGACCAAUCGCGAUUCAAUUCUCAUCCUGUACUGAAUGAACGUUACCUCCUACUUAUGUUGUUAGGGAAAGGCGGGUUCAGUGAGGUGCAUAAGGCGUUCGACCUGAAGGAACAGCGCUACGUGGCCUGUAAAGUACAUCAACUGAAUAAAGACUGGAAAGAAGACAAAAAAGCUAAUUAUAUUAAACACGCGCUGCGGGAGUACAAUAUACACAAAGCCCUUGAUCAUCCACGAGUCGUUAAACUCUACGACGUAUUUGAGAUCGAUGCUAAUUCAUUUUGUACUGUCCUCGAGUAUUGCGAUGGUCACGAUUUAGAUUUCUAUCUCAAGCAGCAUAAGACUAUACCAGAGAGAGAAGCGAGGUCUAUCGUGAUGCAAGUCGUAUCCGCUCUGAAGUACCUCAAUGAAAUAAAACCCCCAGUCAUACACUACGACCUGAAACCAGGCAAUAUUUUAUUGACCGAGGGCAACGUGUGUGGUGAAAUAAAAAUUACGGACUUCGGAUUGAGCAAAGUUAUGGACGAGGAGAAUUAUAAUCCAGAUCACGGAAUGGAUCUGACCUCCCAAGGAGCUGGCACUUACUGGUAUCUCCCACCCGAGUGUUUUGUAGUCGGGAAAAAUCCUCCAAAAAUUUCUUCAAAAGUCGACGUUUGGAGCGUGGGAGUUAUAUUUUACCAGUGUCUCUAUGGCAAAAAGCCAUUCGGACACAAUCAGUCGCAAGCGACAAUUCUGGAGGAGAAUACGAUUCUAAAAGCAACGGAGGUUCAGUUUGCCAAUAAACCGACAGUCAGCAACGAAGCAAAGAGUUUCAUAAGGAGUUGCCUAGCGUAUAGGAAAGAGGAGCGUAUAGACGUAUUGACGCUAGCUCGACACGAGUACCUGCAACCUCCAGUGCCAAAGCACGGCCGCCAAGCGAACAGUCAGCAGCAACAGCAACAGCAAAUACAGCAGCAGCAACAACAGCAGACUUCGUUUACCACCGGCAUGUUCAGUGGCAUGAACGCGUCGAGCAGUUCGUAGUGGAAAGAGACUAAAGAUAAAAUCUUCGAUAUACUAAUACAUGCCAAAUCUUGAACACUGAACUGCGCAACGUCUCAUCUUAAGAGAAUGAAAAGUAACGAUUGCUAUAACCAACUGUAAAUACUAAACUGAAUACUAUCACCACCACCACAUCCACCACCGCCGCCACCACCACCAACCACUACCUACAACUACAACCAACCACAAUUACCACCGCCACCAACCACCAAUCACCACAAGAAUCACCGCCACCAUACUUAUGGAUCAAUCCGCGUAGGACGUCGCAGGAAAGAUACGAGGCCGAUCGUUCUUGACUCUAGAAGCUUGCGUCUUUCUACAACCAAGCCACGCUAAACAUUAUUCAAGCAUGACAAAAAAAAAGAAUGUUGUGUUCGUAAAAUAUUCAAUUGUAUUAUCGUUCCUUGUAUCGAACAGUGGGCUGACUGAUAAUAGUGUUAUAAAACGAAACAUGAAUAUAAAUGGCAGAAGUUGAGGCACGAUGUUAAACGAAGAUGAAGAAGGGGUGUGUGACGUGGACGAAGAUGAUGCUAACAGGGAGACGGAUUAUGCGAAGAAGAUGGGUAAACGCGUGAAAACAGAUAAACAUGUGAUAUGUCAUUGUGAAUUAAAGUGGAGUACGUAGAUACUAAGGGAUAUAAAAAAAAGAAUAAUUGUUGAGAGGCAAGAUUUAAAAAAAAACAGCUGAAACGAUUGAAUCCAGUGGAAAAGUGAAAUUGCUCGGUGAAAUAAGGGGAAAAUCGAGAUAGGGACAUGGGGUGCUAGGCAGAGGACGAGGAAGAAUGAUAAAGAGAGAGAGAGAGAGAGAGAGAGAGAGAGAGAGAGAGAGAGAGAGAGAGAGAGAGAGAGUGAAUGAAAGAUAGCGUGAGAGGAUAAGAGAUGGAGCGAUAAAGUGACUAAGAAACCGAGGUGAAAACUACUCAUCGAGUAGCGAAUGGAAGGGAAACGAAUGAAAGAAAAAAAUUAUAAACACAAAGAAAAUCGCGGGGGAAGGGGCACAAGGAAAAUUUAGUGAUUUUACCUCGAAUUGGGGACGUUUUUCUCUUAUGACUCUAGUGUAUGCAUGAAUGUUUGUGGCGAAAGAUUGUUAAAACUAGCGUGCGUGUACAUAUUUAUACUAUAUAUAUAUAUAUAUAUAUAUAUAUAUAUAUAUAUAUAUAUAUA